AUGGCUGCUUCCGCUUCUCUUUCUCCUCCCAACAAUCCUUUUGGUGUUCACAUCAAGGAUCUUGUUCCUUUAGAUCAAUCUAACUAUAUGAAGUGGAGCCAUCUCUUUGUUGUCGUCCUUGAAAUCUAUGAUUUGCAUCACCAUCUUGAUUAUUCCAUUCCUGUUCCCUCUAGUUCCAUCUCCGAUUCUUCUGAUAAGCCAAUUCCCAACCGUGCCUAUCUCACUUGGCAUCGUCUUGAUCGUUUGAUCCCUACUUGGAUCAACGCUACUAUUAAUACAGGUCUUUUACCACUUCUGUAUGAUGCUUCUUCUGCUGCUGAGGCUUGGUCCACCUUAAAAUCUCACUUUCUUCAACAAACCACUGCUCGUGAAUUGCAGCUUAAACUCCAACUUCAAACUCUCAAAAAGGGUGAUUUGUGCAUUGAUAGUUACAUGACCAAGAUUCAAGAAAUUUGA